AUGAAGGAAGAUCCCGAGGAGCCUUAUUAUGUUAUUCUGCUUCAGCAGCCCGUGCAUGUGCGCGGGACGCCUGUUCAUAUGGGGCAGCAGAUGCUUGUCCAGCGUUUUCUGGUAUGGCGAUUGGUUCUGCCCCCAUUAUGGCUUGCAGGCUGGAGUCGCUAUACAAAUCCAGCUGGUCCACGAGUCCACGACUCAGUCAACCAGUCAACAUCAUUACUUGGGGCCUGA